AUGGCGGGCAUCAUUGCUGAAAGCACUGCCAAGCUGCAACUGGAUGAGGAGACCGGAGAAAUGGUGUCAAAGAAUGAGCUGAAGAAACGCAUGCAGAAGCGAGCUAAAAAGGCCGCCGCAGUUGCUUCCUCUCACAAUAGUAUCAAUAGUAUAUUGGCAUCUGAAGGUCAAGGACCGACCAAUGCGCCAUCCAGCAAGCCCGCCAAGGCAGAGGGGUUCAGUAUCGAUCCAGAUGCCAUGUCCAACCAAGGCUUCCUAGCUGAGGUUUACAGGCUGCACCUGUCAAAGGACGUCGAAUCUGCUCACGAAUAUCUCAGAUUUGAUGACACAAAUCCCGACGCUGAAAAGGAGGAGUACUGCAUCACUAUCAAUGAUAUGACUCAAUGGUUGGGAUUCACCCCAGCUGAGAUUACUUAUUCAUCCGAUAACUUCCAGCGCAUGUAUGAUCUCGCCGAAGAGCUGAUUAAACAGGAGAAAGCCUAUGUAUGUCAUUGCAACGAGGCCGAGACGAGAAUGCAACGCGGCGGUGAGGAUGGGUCUAAGCCGAGAUAUCGAUGCGAACAUUCAAAGCAAGACGUCGAGACCAACCUCCAGAAAUUCCGAGAUAUGCGAAAUGGAGAGUAUGCACCUCAGGCAGCUUGGCUUCGCAUGAAGCAGGACAUGGAGAAUCCUAAUCCCUCGAUGUGGGACAUUGCAGCAUAUAGAAUACCCAACCUAUGA